AUGUCGAUCGGAGUCUAUGCUAUCCUCGCUGGCUUUAUCUUAACUACGAAUCAAGUCCAUGGAGCCUUUCUUCCUGCUGACUGUGAAUACACCGUGACGAACGGCGGGGACUACCGGGGGAACGUGAGCGUGACCGGGAGCGGGCUGUCCUGUCAGCCGUGGGACGCCCAGUCCCCUCACCGCCACGUCUACACCCCCGCAACCUUCCCAACGGCCGGCCUGGAUCACAACUUCUGCCGCAACCCCGACGGGAAGAGCCGGCCUUGGUGCUACACAACGGAUCCUAGCGUCCGGUUUGAGUACUGCAACGUUUCUCUCUGCGAAUUUCAGUUCCAUCAGUACAACGGUUAUUUCUACAAGUACGUGACGGACCCACAGUUGGGGUUCUACGCGGCUGACGACCACUGUCAGACGGAGGGCGGGUUCCUCGCCUCCGCUCACUCCGCCGAGGAGAACGACUUCAUCUGGACAGUGGCCGGGCCGACUGGCGGCUGGAUAGGACUCACCGUAACGAACACGCGAGUGCUUGCAUGGCAGGACAGUACGCCGGUGGACUACACACAGUUUCACCCGGGGGAGCCGAGGUACUCUUACGGCAUCGCCUGUACUACUCUGUGGAGAAAUAAAGAUGGAAACUGGGACGAUACACUUUGCGGUUCUCGUGCAAACUUCGUCUGCAAGAAACAGUUUGACAAGUGCUCGUCUGGAAUUGUGUCAUGCCCUGAUGGGUUCUUCUGUGACAACGCUCCUGGCGAAUAUUCCUGUUACUGCAACUUUGCCACUUAUCGAGAUGGGGAAGUUUGCAAAGUGUUUCACUUCUGCCCAGAAGGCUGGGCUCAGCUCGAAGACUCCUGCUUCAAAGAGUUUAACCAAACUCGGCGCAGCCAUGCUGAAGCCCAGGCCGCCUGCGCUCGUGAGGGCGCCCGCCUGGUCGCCGUCACCAACAGCUCCACCUACCGGUUCCUCACGAACUACACCCGGACGGCGGAGGACGUUUGGAUCGGUCUGCAGUACGAGCCGGGUCAUGGAGCGUUCCAGGCGAGCGACGGGGUUAACAUGACAACAGACCCCGGCUGGGGACUGUGGGACCAGGGCCUGUGGAGCCAGACUACAGGCUGUGGCUACCUCGUCUACGACAGCGAGAAUAACGUCACGAUCUACACCGUCAACGUCAGUAGUUGUGACGUAGAUCGCGCCUAUAUCUGCGAGACAACGCUGACGCAAAAGGACGACUGUACCCCCAACCCCUGUGUUCACGCCGAGGGCUGUGAGGACCAAUGGGCGGCUUACACGUGUCACUGUCAGACCGGGUGGACAGGUGUCAGGUGUGACAUAGAUAUCGACGAGUGCCUGACGUCCCCUUGCCAGAACAACGCGCCCUGCAUCAACAACCCGGGAGGGUUUGAGUGUGACUGUCCCGCGGGCUACAGUGGACCCAUCUGUUUGGACGACAUAAAUGAGUGUGACUCCUCCCCCUGCCAGAACGACGGACUGUGUGUGGACAUGAUUGACACCUACACCUGCACCUGCACGGAAGAGUUCACCGGCGGACAUUGCCAGACCUCUACCGGAGGCACUCCAGGCUGGGUCAUCGCGUUGGCUGUCAUCCUGCCACUCAUCGUGUUGUCUGCGCUGGCCUGUAUUAUCAUAGCCGCCCUCAAGCGUAAGAAGCGACGUAAGGGAGUGUCUCCGGCCAUAAGUCGCAGGUCGUCUGAAGAAGAAAGAAACAAUGGGAACAACGGAACAGGAGAGAAAUAG